GAUGAUGGAAUAAAAACUGAUGCACUUGUAGAACUGAUUGACAUAUUCCCUUCACUGACUGAACUAGCAGGAAUAGAUGUACCUCCAAUGUGUACUGACAAUAGUGCCAAGUCCAUUGCUUGUGUAGAGGGUAGUAGUGUGACCCCUUUACUAAAGAAUCCAACCAUGGAAUGGAAGAAGGCAUCUUUCUCACAAUAUCCAAGACCUAUUGGUGGGCUUAAACAGAUUCCUGGGAAACCACCAUUUGCAGGAAAUGAACAUGGGGAAAAUGUGAUGGGAUAUACAAUGCGUGUUGACAAGUAUCGUUUCACUGAAUGGUACAAAUUUGAUCGUGACACUUCAAAACCAAACUUUAAUACUACAUGGGGUACUGAACUUUAUGAUCAUUCUACUCCAUCUACUUUUUUUAAUGAUGAAAAUGUCAAUUUAGCUUAUAAACCAGAAAUGAAAGAAACUGUGGAAGAGUUGCGUAAAAUGCUUCAAGCUGGCUGGAGGCAUGCUCUUCCUCCUAAUAAUGGACCUUGACAUUACUUCAUAUAUAGUGUUUGCUGCAUGCUCACAGCUGUUAUAAUAACUAUAAGCUACACUAUAUAUGUGCUAAUUGAAAUG